AUGAGUCCAACCGAACUUCAUCAACGAAAGCUUUCCACCGAAUCUAACGAUGAAUCCAACGAUGAAUCCAGCAGGCUUUUAAAUAAUGACAGGAAGUCUUCUGGAGAUCCCUACCUCAAACAUGGUAUUCUCAUGCAGCUCUUGCGUUCUUUCCUUCUGGCUACUUGGUUCAACUCCUGUUGCGUCAUCAUCCUUGCGACCCAACUUGUCGGCGCCCCACUAUACUUGAUCAACAAAAACCAUUACUACAAAUACAUGGCAUACACAAAACAAAAUUUCGGAUUAGUGAUCACUGCUCUCACCCAGUGGGGAAGUCCAACUUUGUUCCGCAUCAGUGGAGAUGCAAGCGUGCGAGGCCAGCUUCAUCUGACUGAGGAUGGCUUGCUACAGACCAACUUUCCAGAGCGGUUAGUUCUGAUUGCCAAUCAUCAAGUGUACACCGAUUGGGUCUAUCUCUGGUGGUUUGCCUAUACCAACGUCAUGCAUGGACGCAUUUACAUUAUAUUGAAGGAGUCGUUGAAGUAUAUUCCCGUUAUUGGCCAGGGCAUGACAUUCUAUGGAUUUAUAUUCAUGGCGCGAAAGUGGCUCUCGGACAAGCCCAGAUUGCAGCACCGUCUGGAGAAAUUGAAGAGAAAGCACUCCGGCUCUAAACCAACCGACGUGCAAUAUGACCCUAUGUGGCUGUUGAUCUUCCCCGAAGGAACGAAUCUCUCCAUCAACACCAAACGACGCAGUGAUGAAUUUGGACUCAAACAGGGAUAUCCUUCUUUCAACCAUGUUAUUCUUCCUCGGUCCACUGGUUUAUUUUUCUGCCUGCAACAGCUGAGAGGAACGGUGGAGUGGGUGUAUGAUAGCACAAUUGCCUAUGAGGGCCCACCAAAGGGAAGCUAUCCUGACAAGUAUUUCACCCUUCGCUCCACAUGGCUGCAGGGACGACCUCCCACUUCCGUCAACAUGCACUGGAGACGUUUUGCCGUUGCAGAUAUCCCUCUAGAAGAUCAACAUGAAUUUGAUGAGUGGCUGCGAGCACGAUGGGCCGAGAAAGACGAACUUAUGGAUCAAUACUUCGAAACUGGCAGAUUUCCCUCCGACCUGGGUGGAUCCAUCGAGGCCAACAAUGCCAGUGAUGAGCAAAAGCCGGUUAUUGCAGCUGGCUACAUUGAAUCCAACGUUCAGGUCCACCAUUGGAGCGAGCUCGGACAAAUAUUUAUGGUAGUUGCUGGUCUAGGGUUCUUGUGUAGGGCAGUUAACUGGGCACGCUAA